AUGCGUAUCCUCAUCGAUGAGCGUAGAAAUAGAAAUGAAGAAUAUCAUAAUUUUGGAAGGAAUCGAAUCGGAUUUUGGGAUAGCAUCGCAACCAGAAUUAAUCAAGAACAUAAUACGAGCUUUAAUGGACACCAAUGUAAAGAAAAGUUUAUGAAUCUUGUUCGGGAUUACAAUUUGAUGUGUGAUUAUAUGGCAGGAAAUCGAAGAGCACGAAGAAGUCGAACGGGUGCGCAAUAUUUCAAUGAAUUCCGUACACAUUUUUGGGAAAGGCCUGAAGAUGAUUUUGAUAGAAUCCGUAACAUUAAUAGUUCUAAUCGUAGACAACGCAGAAUUGGGGGGAAUAAUACACCCGCACCAUCUACUGGGGAAGUUGAACAUGAAUUAGGUCAAACAUUACUAGGUAACCGAAGAAGCCGAAGAACCUCCGUUGAUAGUCGAAGAAGUCGAAGAAGUCGUAGACGGUCAGCAUCUCCAUCUCCGCCCCGUGAUGCAAUAAACACUAAUACAAACAAUCCUGAACAAAAUAUUGGUCAUUCUGACUCAUCUCUUCAACCACCACCACCUUAUGAGGCCACAGAUAAUAAUUCUUCAGAAAUGAAUCAGAGCCAUGUUGUUUCUAACCGCGAAGUAGCUCCCUUGUCUCAAAACGACAGUGAUGUUAGUAUGUAUGAUGUAGGAGAUAGUCAAACAUUUUCUAAUAUGGAAUCGAUAAAUGAAGAGGUUGGAUAA